AUGGCCUGGUACACAUACAUCGGUGCUUUGCUGGCCAGUAACCUUAUGCGCCCUGGGAAACAUGGCUUGAGUCGGGAGUGCAUGCAGAAUUAUGCCAUCCAUGGCGCCCCGGGCUACGUCAUGUAUAUGUACUUGAAGUUCGUCAUCGGACAGGAAACGAUUCCCCAUUACUUGAGCGGAUUCUUUACGACUGUUUUUAUGUGGGUGGUGUUCAGUUAUGGGUUCGGACUGUACAAUAUGUGGAGGGGAAUGACAGGAAAGGAUAUCGAACCAACCACCCGCGCCUGGGAAAUGGGACCCCACUUGACGCCUCCCCAGCGUGCGACACGCGAAGUCCUUUCGAUCUUUGCGGGAUGUUCCUGGGCCUUGUUGGAGGAGUCUGGGUUGAUAAUCGCCGCGGCCGUUGCCUUAUUGGCCUUGAUUGGCUAUGGAUUCUAUGUGGUUGAGUGGGACAAGGAAGCCGACUGGGUGAAGACCAUGACGAAGUAUGCUGAGGAAAAGAAAAAGGAGGGUGUCGCCGGUGCUGAACAGAAGCCCGAGGCGAAGGUCGAGAGUAGGAUGGCGAAUGGGAAGCUUCCUGCCGAAAAGAAGAAAUCCAAGUAA